CUCCAAUGGGACCUCUUACAAGAUCCAUCCAUGACCCUCUUCCCAAAGUUAUCAUCGCCAUCACCUUGCUUUCCACUCUCCUCUCGAAGCAUCUCCACUCUACGCUUUUGGAGCUAGCAAGAGUUUCUGCUCUUCUGCUUGUGAUCUCGAUUGAAGUUCUUUCCGUUAUACAGAAAUGGGAUCCCAUCUUCCAGCUCUUCUCACUCGCUUGUUUCUUUCUGUUCUUCAUUGUCAAGCCUCUCCUCUCAAAGCCUCAUAUCUACAUUGUAGACUUCUCAUGUUUCAAACCACCAAACUGUUGCAGAGUUCCCUUUUCAUUAUUCCUUGAACAUGCCUCCAUGAUUGAAUCAUUUGACAGCAAAAGCAUAGGUUUCAUGGCCAAACUCCUCAAAUCUUCGGGACAAGGUGAACAGACUCAUCUCUCUCCAGCUUUAUAUUACAUUCCACCCAUUACCCAUCUCCAAGAAUCUAUCAAAGAAGUCCACAUGAUACUGUUCCCUGUAAUGGAAGAUCUUCUGUCCAAGACUAAACUCUCCCCUCAAGAUAUCGAUAUACUUAUCGUUAACUGUACUAGUCUUUGCUCGUCUCCUUCCCUCUCCUCCAUUAUCAUCAACAAAUACUCCAUGAGAGAUGAUAUUAAGAGCUUUAAUCUCUCUGGCAUGGGGUGCAGUGCUGGAAUUCUUGGCGUCCAUUUGGCUCAAAAUCUAUUGAAAGUUCACAAGAAUUCUUACGCCAUUGUUCUUAGCACGGAGAUCACAUCGGCUGGGUGGUACGCUGGAAACGAUAAGUCUAAGUUGCUCAGCAAUUGUAUCUUUCGUAUGGGAGGUGCAGCAAUCUUGCUUACAAAUAGGGAAGAAAUGAAAAAAACAUCCAAGUAUCGGCUGCUUCACACGGUGAGAAUACAGAGAGCAUUUGACGACAAGGCUUAUCUUUCAACAGUUCGCGAAGAGGACUCAAAUGGAGCCCUUGGGGUUACAUUCAGCCACGACAUAGUGCAAGUAGUUUCAGAAACUGUUCGUUCAAAUAUCACUGUCCUCGGCUCAGCUAUCUUGCCGUUAUUGGAGAAAUUCAGGUAUAGAGCAUCCAGAUUCCGGAAGAGAUAUAUCCAAAAAUCUGCAGAGGUUUACGUGCCGGAUUUUAGGAGAGUGAUACAGCAUUUUGUUCUGCCAGCUUCAGGGAGGUCAUUGAUUAUAGAUAUAGGAAAAGGGUUGAAUCUUGGUGAAAGAGAGACGGAGGCUUCUCUGAUGACCUUGCGAAGGUUUGGGAACCAAUCUUCAUCUUCUUCCUGGUAUGUAUUAGCUUAUAUGGAGGCCAAGGAGAGAGUGAAGAAAGGCGACAAAGUGUGGCAACUUGGGAUGGGAAGUGGGCCUAAGUGCGUCAGUUUUGUCUGGGAGUGCAUGAGGCCCAUGGUUGAGGAGUCCAAGAAGGGCCCAUGGGCCGAUUGCAUAGGUGAGUAUCCAAUCCUUUCUGAGAAUGAAGACAAUUGACAACGGCCAUGAUCAUGAUCCCCCAUUUGGAGGUGGUGGGGGUUAUAUAUUUUUACUGAGAAGUGGAAAGAUAUGAUCUUACUCACUAGGUAGGAAACAUGAUCUUUCAAUAUUAUUUAUGAGAGAUUUGGGGAACUAAGUCUUCAAGUA